CUGCAGGAUCUUGCCUUCCGCCUGUUCGCUGGAUCUGUCCCCAAUAUGCUGCGGGCGCGCGGGCCUGGGCCCGGCGCUCUGCUGCUCCGGGCCGCGCUGGGUCUCGGGCGGCGCGGGCGGUCAUGGCAACGGCCGCAAGGCCAGGACACCGGCGUGCAGGUAUAGCUGUGGACCGACUGUGUACGACCAUGCACAUCUUGGCCAUGCUUGCUCCUAUGUUAGAUUUGACAUUAUCCGGAGGAUCCUGACCAGAGUGUUUGGAUGCAAUGUGGUCAUGGCGAUGAGCAUUACCGACGUGGAUGACAAAAUAAUCAAGAGAGCUAACGAGACCCAGGUCCCAGCACUAAAGGCCUGUGUGCCCAGAUGUCCUCCUGUGGCAGCCACCUGAAGGUUCGGGAGCUCAGAUGAACGUGACGCCCGCUUCUCUCGCCAGUCUUUUUGAGGAAGAAUUUAAACAAGACAUGGCAGCCCUGAAGGUUCUGCCGCCAACUGUGUAUUUGAGAGUCACUGAGAACAUCCCUCAGAUCAUUGCUUUCAUCGAGGGCAUCAUUGCUCACGGCCAUGCAUACUCGACAGCUACAGGCAGCGUCUACUUCGAUCUGCACGCCCGAGGGGACAAGUAUGGCAAGCUGGUCAACACGGUUCCCAGUGCCACUGCAGAGCCAGGUGACUCUGACAAGCGGCACAGCAGCGACUUCGCCCUGUGGAAGGCAGCCAAACCUCAGGAGGUGUUCUGGGCUUCGCCGUGGGGAGACGGACGGCCUGGAUGGCACAUCGAGUGCUCUACCAUGGCCAGGGCUCUGACAGCUUCAGCAGUUGGUUCCUGCUCCCUCCCUGCCAGCCCGGUAGAUCCACGCGCAGCUGAGUAGACACAUAUUUUAUAGCCUGAGGAGGGCUGCGGGGAGUGAGCGUGCGCUGUGGACCCUGCUGUCGAGGCUGCUCACACGUGCUUGCGCUCUGCCCUGCAGUGAGGUGUUCGGAAGCCACCUGGACAUCCACACCGGCGGCAUAGACUUGGCUUUCCCACAUCACGAAAAUGAAAUCGCGCAGAGUGAAGUCUUCCACCAGUGUCAGCAGUGGGGAAAUUACUUCCUACAUUCUGGUCAUUUGCAUGUGAAAGGCACAGAAGAAAAGAUGUCCAAAUCCCUAAAAAACUAUAUCACCAUUAAGGACUGCAGGCUGUCGGGGCGGAGCCUCCUGGACUCCUGUUUGCAUUGCUGCUUUGACUCCAUAGCAGAGCCUUCCAGAGGCCCAAAAGGAAAACAAGAUCUGCCUCUCAGAUGUGACCUCCAUGGUGGUACAACUGACCCUGUCCACAUUCUGCACAAGGGACUUUUAAACAGAGUCACCCAGCUUCCUUUCUGGAGCAAGGACUUCCUGAAGACCUUCUCCCCUGACGUCUUCCGGCUUUUCUGCUUGCGUACCAACUAUAGGUCAGCCAUUGAAUACAGUGACAGUACCUUGGUGGAAGCCAAGCACCUCCUGCUGGGGCUGGCCUCUUUUGUGGAGGAUGCACGAGCCUACGUAAAGGGGCAGCUGACCUGUGGCCCUGUUGAGGAGGAUGUGCUAUGGGAGAGGCUGACUAGCACCAAGAAGGCGGUGAAAGCUGCUCUAGCCAAUGACUUUGACACACCGAGGGCAGUGAACACCAUCCUGGACCUUGUGCACCAUGCAAACAGACAGCUCAGGGCGGUCUCCAAGGAAGCUAGUGGCCCAAGGAGUCCCACUGUGUUUGGGGCCAUCAUUUCCUACGUUGAGCAGUUUUUCGAGACUGUUGGGAUUUCUCUGGCAAAUCGACAGUGUGUUUCAGGAGACAGCAGCACAGUAACGUUGCGCUGUGUGGUAGAUGAACUCGUGCGCUUCAGGCUGAAGGUCCGCCAGUAUGCACUGGACACACCCGGGGCUGCUGGGGAGGCUCGGAAACGGCAGCUCCAGGAAAGGCAGCCCUUGCUGGAGGCAUGUGACACACUCCGACAGGACCUCGUCACCCAUGGCAUCAAUGUUAAGGACAGAGGCAGUGCAGCCUCCACAUGGGAACUGCUGGAUCCAAGGACAAGACACCAGAAACCUGGGGACCGAGGAUGAGGUGGCUGCAUCCCAUGCGCUGCCAUACCCUGGCCUUCUGCUCUUUUGUGAUGAAAACUUUAUAUUAAAGUUGCCAAUUGUGGCUGUUUAGCCAAUA